CCAGCGCUCCGCGGCGCGGCCCUCCGGCGGCUGAGGAAACGAAAGGCGCUGCCCCGGGAGGCGACUUCAUCUUCAGGCCGCAGCAUGAGCGGCAGCGCGGCUGGCGGCGGCGGAUUCUCCGAGGAGGUCAUCAGCCUCACCCGCAGACCCUCAGGGCUGGGCUUCAACAUUGUUGGUGGGACAGAUCAACAGUACAUUUCCAAUGACAGCAGCAUCUAUGUCAGCCGGAUCAAAAAGGAUGGGGCAGCUUACCUUGAUGGCCGAUUACGAGAAGGAGAUAAAAUUUUAGCGGUCAAUGGCAGAGACUUGAAGGAUUUGCGGCACAAGGAUGCUGUGGAACUGUUCAGGAAUGCAGGCUAUGAUGUUUCUUUGAAAAUUCAGCGCAGGUUGCAGCCACAAAACGGCCCUGUGGGUCAUCGAGGUGAUGGAGAAUCAGGUGGGCUUCCUCUAGCAGCCAUUCUUGUGCCAGGCUUGGCGCUUGCUGCAGCAGCGGUCUGGAUCUUGCUGAGGUAUCGGCAGCGGAUGUGAAGAGUUCACGUUUUGGAUACCACUGCAUAUUUUACACAGCUAUGAUGUAAUUUAAAGAUAGAGAAUCAACAAUCUUAUCACAGACUGAUGUCAAAAAGGAUCAUUGUCUAUCAUAAAGCUGCUGAUGUUCUUUAUAGAGAUUUUUUUCCAGGGUGGAUGGAAGCAGAGAGGAAAAAAGGAAGGGAGAUGACUGUGUUCAUGUAUAGAGUGGGAUAGCUCUGUUUUUGACUAAUCUGAAGAGGUUUUUGCCAACCCCCUCUGUUUUGCACCAGGAACUUUCAAACACACUCAUUUGUUCCGUGUUUUCAGAUGUGACUGUUUGUUAAAGGGGGUGGGGAUUGGGGUGGUUUUAAAUCAAAAGCAUUUACUAGAGGCUUUGCCUUCUUUCUACUGAAUACUUCUUGAAACUCAUGAUCCCUGUCUGAACCGUGAAUAAAAGAGGAGGUAUAUUAUUUUUUCCAUUGAA